AAUUUAUUAGGGUAAUUAUCGGUUCAAUCAGUGGAUCGAUAAAUCGAAGUGGAAGGCAUCAGUGAAGAAAUGAGAAUAAAAAAAAAAAUUUAGAAGAUGGCGAGGAGCCAGUGGACCGGUGAUUCAGCGCUGGACGAUGCACCCCCCCAUCUCAUCCGCAAGAUUUCCUGGAACUGGAAUUCCGGGGCAUCUCCAGCUGCCAAUUGGAUCGCUUUUUCCAUUCACUCGUCUGUGAGAGGAUAUAUUCCCCCAAAAAUCCCGGGGUGACGUCACAGGGGAUUGAAACCAGCGCGGGAAAAAUGUUUCAGUUAAAUGUAUGACGAAUUUUAAAGCUGUUACCGAGAAUAAGGAGUAAAAAAACGUGAACGAGUCACUUGAACGUGAUUUUCAUCCGGCGGCGAUCGAGAGAGUCGUGAGGAAACUGAUGUCUGUGAAUCAUCGGGGAAUGGAGGUAUUCUCUGGGUCUUACCAGGGCAUCAGUGUUUGCUCAGACCCAGAAGAAAUACCCCGAGCAUCUUGGCUGCAAGAUGAUUGCACCAUCACCCCAAUCGAUUCGUUUGUCGAUUUUAAAAUCAUCUCCAGUGAUUUAUUUGAUUAUCCGGAGUACCUGAGGAGCUGUCAAUGGGAUGUCAAUAUGGGGGAUGGGCCUGAUAUCCGUGAUUAUUUGGAGAUCGAUAGUGAUGAGUGCAGUGAAUCCAAAACGAUUAAUCGGGAAUUCAGUGAUCCAGCGAAUAAUGAGGAUCGAGUUAUGGUACCAACAAAUCCGUCGGACUGGAAUUCAACCCACGUGGCGGCCUGGUUGUCCUGGUGUGGACGCGUCUUCUCGAUAAAUCCACUGCCAUCGCAUGACGAAUUACCGGGAACGGGUCGAGCACUUCUUGAAAUCUCCUCCGACUCCUGGAGGAAAAUUCCAGGGGGUCAGAUAUUGGCUCGGCAUCUGGGAUAUUUGCACCUCCAGGCGACUGGAAUUCAUUGUCAGGAUCUUCUCCAAGAGGACAAUCAAAAUAAUGAAAGGUUCAGCCUCCUCCAGCGCAGCUGUACCCUGAUUGGCUCAUCCAGCGGUGGCGGUAACUCGGGGGCGGUCGGUGGAGGACAAGUACAGCUGUGGCAAUUCCUCCUCGAGCUACUCUCUGAUUCGUCAAAUUCAGGUUGUAUUGCUUGGGAGGGUACCAAUGGUGAAUUCAAGCUCACUGAUCCUGAUGAGGUUGCACGCAGAUGGGGUGAACGAAAGAGCAAACCAAAUAUGAAUUAUGAUAAACUCUCCAGAGCUCUCAGAUAUUAUUACGACAAAAAUAUAAUGACGAAAGUCCAUGGCAAACGUUACGCUUACAAAUUCGAUUUUCACGGGUUGAUGUUAGCUUGCCAGGCGCAGGCUGGAAUAACUAUUGAAUCAUCGACAGGACUUCGAGGUUCAUGUACCUCUCAUCAUCAUCUGUGUGUACCUGCAACAGCUGACAAUCCUCCAAUUCCCGGGCCCUCACUGGGCCCGAGACCUACGCAAUCCUCUUACUGGCCAUACUCACGGUCAUAUCCAUCAUCGACCUGAUGCUUCCAGAAUUUUUCCAGAAUUUUCAAUUGAUCGAUGGAAAAUUCUGAUUGUGCAAACAUCGAUCGCAAAAUAAACUCACGAAAUUAAAGGUAAAUCAAUGCAAUUAUACAUUGUACGUACACUAGUUUGUAAGUGUUAAAUUUUUCGUACAUACGAAGGACUAA